AUGGCAGAGGUAACCGGGGCGGGGCACCGCCGUCGAUUCCGAAGGUAUCUCGAAGCGGACGGCGUCAGCAUCCCGCAUGGCGUGACGGAGGAUGAGCAACCAGACACUUUGUCGAGCCAUUCUAACGCUUCUUCGGGCGCCCUUGGUCGAGCGUUGAGACCCCAGGCAGACAGCUUUCCUCCGGAUACCAGCAGCCAAGCUCCCCAAGAACUCUUGAAGGAUGUCCUUAGAGCCUGGCGCGACGUCGCCAGGGUAGAGAAGGGAACCAACGCAAUACUCGAAGAAAUCGCCACAAAGUACGAUAACGACGAUCUUUUGGGCGAGGUCCUCAACGUCUGGAACAAAGAGGCCCGCAACAAGACGAGGCACAAUGGCUCCUGUGAAUUGCAAGAUGACAGCAGCAUUCUAGAAGAGAUUGCCGCACUCGCCCUCGAUUCAGACUCACCAGGGGAACUAGAAGAAUCGGCCCCAUCCACUCCAAUGCCGCGUAGCGCACUCCGGCCGUAUUAUGCUCAGAGGGGCUCCAUAGUUGAGGAAGGGAUCCCGAGUAAUGAGACGUUACCAUCAACGCCACGUCGGUUCUCGGCCAGCGGUUCGCCCACAGAAGCCAUAAACACUCCUGUCAUAUCCAGUCAGAUCUCCCAUGGUCCUGCGCCUCCGCCGUUGCUCAGGGGUUCAUUGUUGCAAAUAUACAAUGACUCGCUGCCGGCGGCCAUACAGCCACAGACGCCCCAGAAUCUGCCGGAAGCGCGUCAUCAAAGCCGUCUGCAUGGAUCUUACACUGCCCCUCCACGCCGUCGGUCACCGCAGCCGACCUGGACGCCAAUGGCGAGCCGGCGACGGCGUGUUCUGGGAAGAGAGCCUAGCCCCCUGGGGCUACGGACACCGGGUUUCAUGGGCCUGUAUGGUGGCAUCGAGAAUAUGGACGACGCCAUCCUCUAUGAGGAAGCGAUCAGAAGGUCGGAUUCCAGAUCUCCGCUGGCUUGGCAGUCGGAUUAG